CAGAACAGAACAAAAGAAGAGAAAAAACAGUAGCACAAAGUUUCAAUUAUAGAGCCAAAAAAGUCAAGAAAUUGGGCAGUUCUAUUGGCAUUUGCCAAUCCUUUGCUAAUUGUUUUUCUACUACUUUGAAAAAAAAAAAAAAAAAUAACCCCAUUGUUCAAAGCAUCCAAUGUUGUCUUCACCAUGCAAGAGAUUAAAUUAAUGAUACAGUGAGAAACAGUUCAAGACAAAAAGGGCACUGUUUUACUGCACUAUAAAACCAUAUUUCAGCCUCUACUUUCCAAUUUUGUUCACAUUCUUUACUCUUCCCACACUUCAUUUCACAUAGUUUGUUCACCUUAAAAAUGGAAGCUGCUAACUCAGCUUCUUCCAACUGUUUCUUGCUGUUCUUUUUCUUAUUCUUCUUAGUGUUGUCUCUAAGUCUCCAGGUGACACACUGCAAUGUCAACUAUGACAAGAAGGCUCUUAUCAUCAAUAAACAGAAGAGAAUUCUCUUCUCUGGCUCCAUACACUAUCCCAGAAGCUCUCAAACUAUGUGGGAAGAUCUUAUAAAGAAAGCCAAAGAUGGAGGUUUGGAUGUUAUAGACACUUAUGUGUUUUGGAAUGUUCAUGAACCUUCUCCUGGCAAUUAUGAUUUUGGGGGGAGAAAUGACUUGGUUCAGUUCAUCAAGCUGGUUCAGAAAGUAGGCUUAUAUGUACAUCUCCGAAUAGGGCCUUACAUAUGCGCAGAAUGGAAUUUUGGAGGUUUUCCAGUAUGGUUGAAGUUUGUGCCAGGCAUUAGCUUUAGAACAGAUAAUGAACCUUUCAAGAGAGCAAUGCAAGAAUUCACCCAGAAGAUUGUCCAAAUGAUGAAGGAUGAAAAGCUAUUCGAGUCUCAAGGUGGUCCCAUCAUUCUCUCACAGAUUGAGAAUGAGUAUGAGCCUGACAGAUUGGCAUUUGGAAGUGCUGGUGAAGCUUAUAUAAACUGGGCUGCAAAGAUGGCCAUUGGAUUGAACACUGGAGUCCCAUGGGUUAUGUGCAAGGAAUUUGAUGCCCCAGAUCCUGUUAUAAAUACAUGCAAUGGUUUUUACUGUGAUAGUUUCUCUCCAAACAAACCCUUUAAACCAAAAUUAUGGACUGAGAAUUGGACUGGCUGGUUCACUGAGUUUGGCGGGCCGAUUUAUCAGCGGCCAGUUGAAGAUAUAGCAUUUGCAGUUGCUCGAUUCAUUCUGAAGGGAGGCUCUUUUGUUAAUUAUUACAUGUAUCAUGGAGGAACAAACUUUGGAAGAACUGCUGGAGGCCCUUUUAUUACCACCAGCUAUGACUAUGAUGCUCCCAUUGAUGAAUAUGGGUUGAUCAGAGAACCAAAGUAUGGACAUUUAAAGGAACUCCAUAAGGCUGUUAAGUUAUGCGAAAGAGCUUUGCUUUCUGCAGAUCCUUAUAUCGUGUCCUUGGGGAAUUAUGAACAGGCACAUGUAUUCUCUUCGAAAUCAGGAGGCUGUGCUGCUUUUCUAUCAAAUUUCAAUUCAGAGUCAACUGCAACGGUGACUUUUAAUAAUAAGCACUUCAAACUUCCUCCAUGGUCUAUCAGCAUUCUUCCUGAUUGCAAGAACGCUGUCUUCAACACUGCCAAUGUCAGAAGUCAAGCAUCCAAUGCGCAAAUGUUGCCCACAAAUGUUAAGUUGGUCUCAUGGGAGACAUUCAAUGAAGAUAUAUUUUCAGCUGAAGAUGAUUCAACAAUUACAGUGAGUGGUCUCUUGGAGCAGCUAAAUAUCACCAGAGAUACCAGUGACUAUCUUUGGUAUUCGACCAAUGUCGAUAUAGGAUCAUCUGAAUCAUUUUUACGCGGCGAUCAGCAGCCCACUCUUACCGUAGGAUCAAGAGGCCAUGCUUUACAUGUAUUUGUGAAUGGACAGCUUUCAGGCUCUGCUUCUGGGACAAGAGAAAACAGAAGAUUUACUUUUACCGGAAAUGUUAACCUUCAUGCUGGAGUUAACAAGAUUUCACUGCUGAGUGUAGCAGUUGGAUUACCAAAUAUUGGUCCACAUUUUGAGUCAUAUCCAGCAGGAGUCCUAGGACCGGUUGUUCUCCAUGGACUUAACCAUGGAAAGAUUGACUUGUCCUGGCAGAAAUGGUCAUACAAGAUUGGACUUAGAGGAGAAGCAGUCAGUUUAUGGAAUUCAUUUCAGUUAGUUGAUUGGACACCAUUAUCCUUAGCACCACCGAAACAGCAGCCAUUGACAUGGUAUAAGGCUUCUUUUGAUGCACCAGUAGGAGAUGAGCCUCUGGCUUUGGACAUGGGAAGCAUGACAAAAGGUCAAGUAUGGAUCAACACACAGAGCAUUGGAAGAUACUGGACUGCUAAUGCUGAAGGCAACUGCGGAGGCUGCAAUUACACUGGUACAUAUAGGCCAGCAAAAUGCCAAUUGGGUUGUGACAGUCCCACACAAAAAUGGUACCAUGUUCCCAGAUCUUGGUUGAAGUCAAAACACAACUCACUGAUAGUUUUUGAGGAAAUUAGUGGAGAUGCAUCAAAGAUUUCUCUGGUAAAAAGGUCGGUGAAGAGUAAAUAAGCUUCUUUAUCACAGUGCUUAAAAUCAGAGUACAUAUACAGUGAGCUUGUAUGAUGAUGUGAUAAAUAAAACUCCUUAAGAGACUGCCCUGUUUUAAACACUGAUGGGUACCAAAUUCUUGUUUUGAGAG